AUGGAAAUUGAGAAGGCCGGAGCUGAAAGGAAGUUGCAACUGCAGGAACUGGAGAACCUUCGCCUAGAAGCUUAUGAAAACUCCAGAAUAUAUAAGGAAAAGAUGAAAGCUGUGCAUGAUCAAAACAUCAAGAAGAGAGAGUUCCAACUUGGAGAUUUUGUUCUCCUUUACAAAUCUCGACUGAGGCUCAUGCCCGGUAAGCUGAGAUCAAAAUGGGAAGGUCCAUAUAGAGUAGAGAAGGAUGAACCGUACGGAGUUUAUCACCUAAGCCAUCCUUCAAGCUCUGAACUUAUUAAGGUUAUUGGACACCGCCUGAAGCUGUACCAUGGUGAGAAGGUGCAGAAAAGCAAGGAGCUUGAGAUCUUCCACCUGGAAGAUCCCCACAUAACAACAAAUUGA